CGGGUUUGUGAAGGUCUCCACCAGGGAGAAUGCAACUCGUGAAUUACCUAUUAGUCGGUUACUAAACGAUUCCCCUGCAAAGCCUGGCACAGUAGAUUCAAAAGACCUGUCUGAGUGACGCCAUGGUGGAGAGAGUGAAUAUAGGACAGACCAACCUGAGGAGGAGAGAGUGGUGCGAGAGGAGAGGAUGGAGCCUGGAACUCCAGGAGGGCAGGCGGCCGAGGGACUGAGCUUCGAGAGACUGGCGGAAGAAAGAAGACGGCGACUACGCUUGGGAGCGUCCCGCCCGUGCUCCCCGCCGGCCCGGAGCAGGCGCCUUGGCGCCGCCCGCCUUCCUCCCCGCCCUCCGCGGUCGCCAGGGCGCAGGCUCGCGUCAGGGCCCCCUGAGGCGCCGUCGCCGCCGCCGUCGCCGCCUGUGCCUCCUCACUUCACCGCCGCGCUGCCGCCUCGCCCUCGACCUCGCCGCGCCUUCUCCGCCCUGAUGGGCCUGCUCCCAGCGGAGUUGGUGAUAAAUUCAGCACUGAGGAGUCAACGCUGUUCUUAAAGACUCGUCGGUGGGGGAAGCCACAGAAGGACUUGGAUAAUUCUCUUGAAAUUGCAUUCGCCAAUUCUUUUUAAAUAAAGUUUCUUGUGACUUGUUUUUUACUAACUGGUCAAUGAUUAUCUUGAUAAUCAUGGAGAUAAAAUUAGAAGUUUUGACAUCAACAAGUAUCAGGCAGAAGAAACCCUGGCCACGAGUCUCCUGGUUGGGACAGAAAAAUGAAGCUGUUUUUCUUCUGGAUGAUAAAUUCAUAAAUGAAAUUAAUUUGCUGUCAGGAAGGACAAAGAAGAAAAUUCCCAGUCUGCAGCCUUUGUUGAAGGAUGUUAUUGUCCUAACAACGUCCAAUAAUGAUGCCUGGCUGGCUGGGGUACUCACUACAGGGGAGAUUUUUCUUUGGAACAAAGAUCAAGAUUGUUUGAAGACCAUACGAGCAACUGAAGAGGCUAAGAAAAUGAUUACAGUUGCAGUAGCAAACUCUUUGAGACUGUACUUGUAUGUAUCUGGAAAUGGGAAAAGAGUUCUGCUUACAACUUCUUCCGGAUGCAUAUUUCUUUGGGAGAAUUUGGAAUGCAAGAAUAUCAUAUCUUCUAAAAGCCCAUCAUUGGGGGGCCAGUGGUCCCACAUCAUACCUGAAGAAGCAGCUGUUUUGCCUUCCACUGAAGAUAAAGAAGCUGCAGUGCAUGCUGUUUUUAUAAAAAAUGAGUUAUUUGGAGACUGCUGCUUGUGUUCAUUUGCUUUUUAUUCUGGGGAAUACCUGAAGUUAACAUUUCUGGCAAUUCGGUGGCAUGAGAAUGUAUUUACACCUGUAAGAUCAUUGCCAUACCGUGUUCACUGGACACAGCAAGACUGUUUUCUGUGCAGUCUAAUUCCUAAAUGUGAAUCAGUUAAAUCAAGAGGAGCUCUAAUUUCUGCCUUUUCAAGAGAUGGCCUUACCUUGGCAGUAACUCUUAAUCAGAAAGACCCAAAGGCCACUCAGGUAUUAUUUAUAAACACAAUGAAUUUUGUUACCCUCUGUGGUAGCCUUAAAGGAUGUAGUAACAAGAAUCCAGUAGUUCCAGCUACACUAAUCAGGUCCUACUGGGUAGGUGAUAUCAGCUGGACACAUGAUAGUCUUCUUCUGGGUUGCAUGUUAAAACGUGGCUCCCUGGUUUUAUUGAGUUGUCUGGGUGAAUUGCUAACAUUAAUUACAUUUGGUUGCUCUAUAGAAUUUGGACCAGCAGAAUUUAUUCCUCUUCAUCCACUAAUAACAUAUAGACCACAGCAGUUUACAUUUCAAGAUUCAGAUAAUUCUGUGGAUUCAUCACCUUCUGACAAUGACUUUAUGAGACAGAGAUUUUCUAUAAAAGCACACUCACGGUUACCCUACCUAGUUAUUUCUGAUGGAUACAUGGUCACAACCCUUCGAUUGCUUGAUAACCUGUCCCCAUCAGUGCUCAUGAGAUCACUUCUACUUGAUUCAACCCAGAGGCUUGAAAAAGCAUACCAAAGUUUGGUAUUGUCUAAGCCCAUAGGCAAACAGCUGAAUUUGCAAUCACUGGAUUCCCUAAAGUCUAGUUUGUUAAAACACCAAGGAAAUGAAAGUUCAGCUGAAACUACUAUCCCCAGAUUCUUGCAGGCAGAAGAAACAGUGGAGUUAAUUGAAAAAACAACAGAUUUGCAGGAUUUUGAAGCAGAAGGAACAAAUGAAAGCAAACAUAUUCCUAAGAACUCAUUCACUUUUUGGAACCAGAAAACAGAACCAUUAUUUAGUAGUCUGAAAGAAGGAAGAUUGGACUUUGCAUCUAUGUUUGAUACAAUACAUGCAAAGGAUGAUAUCAAGAAGAUAGAUAAAACCAUUUUAGAACUGCAUUCUAUCCAAAAAAAUCUCCUUGCAGCGUGGAAUGUCGGAAUUUCAAAAAAUGUGGCAGAAAAAAAUUUAAUGUUAAAUUACACAGUAGUUUGUAUUAUUCAUUUUUUCUACAUUCUUCAAUUUGUAAAAUGUCCUUCCCCCAAACUUGAUCUUUUUUUAAGCAAGAAUCCAAGAUAUAAUGCAUGGCUGCUUUGUAUCUUUCACCUUUUUCAUCAGUGUUUAUCAAUCCAGUAUUGGGAUAUGAGAUACAAACAAGAUGUGGGACAUUUGAUAAAGCUGACCUCAUGUACUGUAAAGCUUUUGCUGACUCAGCAGCAUCAGGGUCUAUUAUUCUCAGAGAAACUUUUAGCCUGUUUUUAUUUACUCAAAAUGGUAGGUGACAGUUUAAAUGACAUGUAUAAACUUCAACCAGAAGUUAUUUCAACAUCAUCUGAUGGAAGUAGAACAGCAGCUCAAGAUUCACUGGUGGUACCCAUAUUUCAAAUGUUUCAAGUCAGUUGUUCUCAGGACAAGUGGUCUUGGGAUUCCUCUUUCAAGAUGCAUCCUCAAGUAGUAAAUCUUGUUCAACAGCCAAGCCACAGAUUGAUUGUUCUCUGGAGAGUAUUGUACAAAAAAACGUUAUGGUAUCAAACACAAUUAAGUCAAAGAGUUCCUAAGAGUGACACAUGGUUAGUCGAAAAGUUGACACAAGAAGCAUCAAUUGUUACGUCCCUAUUAUGCCAUAUACAAGCUAACUUACAGACUGCUGGAGAUCGCUUGAGCCAAACCUCAGAACUUAAAUCUAUAAAUGGUGAAGAAUGUUUUCUAUUAGGCUCAUAUGAAAAGUCUGUUCAACUGUGGAAGAAAGCUUUACAGGAAACCCAAGAUAAAGGAGGAAGAAGGACAUGCUUUCUUCAGAUACGCUAUUGUCUUUCUCUCUUAUACUGCCACCUCUAUAGCUAUAAUUUGAAUGAUGCUCAAGGAUUGUGUGAUCAUCUGGUAAGAGAAAUACUGAGAUGGUCCCACUUACAUGUAAAACAAAAUGAAGAUUGUUCAGUUCCUGAGAAGUCUUAUUAUGAGUUUGAAGUUCCUGGAAAUGUUCAUCCGGAGGCGGCAGUGACGGUUGUACAGGCCAUGGCACGUUUCAUGGCUGCCUAUUUCACCAAUCAGCCACUUUACAUUCCGCCGCCUCAUAAUGUGAAUGUUCUUCCUCCACUUCAUAUUAAAACAGAGCAUUCCCUUCGACUUAUUCCUCUGGAACACUCUAAGGUGGCUGGUGGUGUUAGAGAUCAGAAACUCUCUAAUGUGUGGACUGUUGAAUAUGCACUUGAAUUAUUAUUUAUUGGUGGCCUGAUUCCAGAGGCCGUGUGGUUGACACAUAAACUUGGAGACUGGAAGACAUCUGUUUCAAUUGGUGUGGGUUUCCAACUGCUCUGUAAACAUGAUAGCAAUUUCAUAAGGUCCAAGAAAAAUGAUCUGAAUCUACCAUUAAAAAUGACUCCAGUACAGAUUUUCAAGGAAAAACUGCAGUGUUUUUUAGGCCAGCCAGACUCUUUGGAAGCAAAAAAUGAAAUGGGCUCAAAAUACAAACAAUUUACAGAUCCCAUUGAAGAGGAAGAUGCAAAUCUGCUUUUUGCUUCAGUGCAAGAAGUACUGAAAGCAGCAGUUAUGGCUGAUACAGAUAUUCUUUCAGAGACAUUUCAGCUUCUGAUAGACUCUGCCAAGGACUUCAGUAAGAGACUAUGCGGCUUUGUGCCAGUAGGCUUGUAUCUUCCAGCUCCUCCAUUAUAUUGUCCUCAGCCAGCUAUUCUUAGUGAAGAAGAUGGUGAUGAUCUUCUUUUAAAAGCUGAAAAAGAAUAUCGCCAAAAGGUGUCUGGAAUCCUCCAGCGUAUUCUCCUGCUUUUCCGGGCAGCUCGGUGUUCUUUUCCUGCAGCACAGUGGUACAUCUUGCAGUUGAGGUGGGCAAGAAAAGUCAUGCAGAAGAUUCGAAUAAAAGGUUCCCUUCCUUCAUUGAGUCCUUUCCCUCAGUCGUUACUUUAUUACUGUAAAGGAGGUGUAGCAUACUUUAGACCUGGAGCAACUGGAGACCACAAACUUGAUGAAGUUUCCAGUAAAGCAAUAGGUUGCUUCAGAGAACUUUGUGCUUUGUGUUGGAUGCUGCAUAUCCGUGAAAAGUUAUCCUAUUGUUGCAGGCAAUAUCAAAAAGCAAGAGAAAAUGUGGGAGAAAAAAAGGACCUUGAAGUGGAGUUUGAUUCUUGUAUGAUUGAGCACUGCCUCAGUGCAGUGGAAUGGGCUUAUAGAAUGCUUCCUUUCUCUCGAUUUUUGAAUAUUGAAGAACUUAUUCAAGAUACAAUUUUAAGUCUUAUUGGAGAGUUGCCACCGAUCAGCAAGGUAGCAGAAAUUUUCAUUAAAGCAUUUCCCAAUCCUGAGGACAUAAGGGUUUCUUUAAGAGAAAAAUAUUACUCUCUUCAACAGAGACUCAGACACUGUGUUGUGAAAGGUCCCCAAACUAAGGAAAUGAUGUCUGUUAUCAUGCAUUCUAUCCAUAAAAUGAGGGUGAAAGCCCUCAAGCGUGUGUGGAGAAAUAUAGGUCCGUUUGAGAUGAAUGUAUGGGAACCAGUCGAAGAAGAAAAACCAGAUGAUGCUCCAGGUUUUGACAGGUUUUCCCUGGGGACUAGUUUGAGCAGGAGUACGCUCACAGAACUUGGGAAUUCUCUGGUUCACAGUGAUGCAGAUACAGUAGAUACUUUCUCCGAAGCUUUGUCAGUUGAAGAAAAAAGUAGGAUACAUUUCUGUCAAAGAAAUGCUCCAAAUCCCACGGAAUUGGCAUUGGUUGUCAAAUCCAACAAAGAAAAGAAAAUACAUAAUCAGAAAGAAAACCCUAAAAGAAAGAAAGAUCAUGAAAAGUUAUCACAAAAUGCAGUUCCUGUAAUAGGUGUUUGGGAAUUUGAACGUGAUGACGAUGAAUAUAUUAAAUUCCUUGAUCUCUUCUUGAGUUAUGUUCUUGAAAGAGACCUCCUUAGUUCUAGUGAUCCUGGAAUUCCAUUUCUAACCAGUUUCUCUGCACAUCUUAGAGAACAUGAACUUAAUUCUUUACUUUUUGAUGUACAUACAACAUUAAAAAGACGUCAGGGCAAAAUCAAAAGCCAGAAUGUAUUUAGAGCUGGCUCUUGCUUUGUUGUUGCUCCUGAGUCAUGUGAAUCUGAAAACUCAUCCUCUUUAAAAAAUGAAUGUGCUCUAAGUUUAGAAAACCAGGCGCUUUCAGCUUCAGUAAUGAUUAAUCAAGGCAUCAGACCUUUUGUAAACUCUUUAAAUGAAGUCCAUAAAAAUGAAGGAAAGAGUGGAUUGUUUGGUUUGAAACAAAAGUCAAUUUAUAGACUCCAAGAUGACAAUCUAGAGAAACCUCUAUUCCACAAAUUGCCAAACCACAUUUUUUGGGCUUCCAAACCUGUUAAAACAAGAUGUAUGUUCAAAGCAAUUCAAAGCAAUGAUAUUAACCCUCAAGAAGAUCUUCCUCAAGUACUAAAUAACACAUAUGGCAGUAUAGGAAGACUACUGGAAUGGAUGAUAAGAUGGUCAGAUAGAAGACUACUCUAUGAUUCUAGUAUCACUGAGUCAUCAUGUGAGUACAGUCCAGUAAUUCGUGUAAAGACCUCUACAGCUGCCAUUCUUACAUCCUUAUGGCUUUUGGAAGAACCCUAUUUUGCCACACAUAAAACAAAAAAUGCCAUUAUUAAUGGGCUAGAGAAGCAUUACACUGAGUGUCAGGCUGGACCUAGUAUUGAGAAUGAGAGCAAAACUGAUGCCAUCUGUUUAGCUACAGUACCAUCUCAAGAUGGGACUGAGGAAAGAAAUGAUCAAGACGAAGCUUGUCAAAGUAUCUUGAAAAUGCCAACUGAGGCAAAAAACCCUGAAAUAAAAGAAAUCGAUAAUGAGAUUAUUUCUGUCACUCAGGAUACUGAAAAAGAAUUUACAGAUAUUGAGGCAGAUCUUUUAGAAGUAGUAAAAACAUUCACACAUGAAAAAGUGGAUUUGCAUGUAUCAGAUUAUGAAGAAAACACCAAAGAGCCUAUUGGAAGUCUUGAAAGUCCCAUCUGCAGGCAGAUUUUACCACAGCAUUCAGAACAUUCCACAGGAGAAGUUCAUUGUCCAAGGGAAGACCCAUUGGAGACAAAUAUGGAGAAAAAAUCGACUGAACAGAAAGUUAUGAUCGAAGCCUUUUCAAGUCCUGAACACACCAUUCCUCAUUCACUCUGUGUAGAUACAAGUUCAGAAAUUUCUAGUGCACAGAUUUCUGCAUUUAAAGAUAAAUCUUUCUCAUUUCCACCUCUGGAAUCAAAUGGAGUCAGUGUCGCUUCAAAAACAUUGGUUUCAACACCUCGGAAGACCCAGAAAAAUGAACCUGGGGCUCAAUUACCCGACUCUUCAGAUUCUGUUAGGCAGAUGCUCCAAAAUGAAAUGUUUAAAUUAGUUCAGCUGCAACAGAUUAACUUCAUGAGCCUAAUGCAGAUAGUAGGGUCAUCCUUUGCUAACCUCCCGAAUAUACAUCAAAUUGUACAGCAAUCUCAAUCUGUGCCUUUGGUGGGAAGCCAAGUAUCAAACCCCAUAAGAGGGAGUGGUGAUGUUGAAGAUACCAGUGGAAAUCUUAAGGACAGAUUUUUCAUUAAAUCGCAGUCCGUGGGAGAGUACACCAGAGAGUCUGGCAAGAACAGCCCACACUUCCAUAAAGGAAUUGUUCAAACUGAUCAAGACAAUAAUGGAAAUGUACAGAAUGGGAGUAUUCCUUUAUUUCAAUUAGAAGGCCAACCCCAGAAUAGAGGACUAACUUCAACAUCUCAAAAAUUAUCACCAACUUCAUUGUUUCCAGCUUCUACUGCAGAUACUCACCUUCCCCUUUUGUCUACAUCUUCUGCCAUUCAGAAGACGCCUAGACUUAUCCCAACUGCAAAAUCUGUCAGUCCUGGUGAUGGUUUUCCUUUGCUUCAGUUUCAGCCUCAGCAUGAAUUCAAACCCCUUUUCUUACCUAUGAGAAGAGACCCACAAGUUUCCUUUAGGCCUCUGCCACAACCUAGAGUGAUUUGGGGAUUAUCUGAUUCCUUCCAGCCUCCUUUGCCUCAGAGACCAGUGCACACUACUUCAAUAUCCCAUUUGAAUUUGAACCAGUAUAAUACUGAGGCUACAAAAAAGGCAGUUGAGCAGAAAAAAUGGGCAGAAACUGUAAAUACAGAAAUCCCUAAACAUCUGAACUUAGAUCAGUACGUUGGGCAAGAAAACUUGACACCCCAGCAGGACUCUUCAGUAUUUAUAAAACCAGAAAAACUCCUUGAUGUUAAACCCGGGCCCCUUGAGAUAUCUCCUCAGGAUUCCUUUCGGCUUCCAUUAUUGCACCUGCAAUUUAAACCUCCUUUUGUGUUUUCAUCUGCCUCAAGAGCAUCAAUACACUCAGUACCCAUCAGAACUGUAACAGAAGAAAGAAAAUGCCCAAGACUUUCAUUACUCCAUUCAUGUCUGUCUCCAGAAAUCAUGUACAAAAAACCACAACUUAUCCCACUUGAAAAUCUCAUUUCAUUUAAACAAAGCCAACAGGGACUAACACAUAAUUUAUUUGAACAAGGCGAUCUUGGACAAUUUCAGCUUUUAAAGGUUAAAAUAGAACCAUCUGAAGAAAGACAAGGAAAGGACAGUAAAAAAAGGCAAAGAAGACGAGCUGAGAAAGAGCUGCAAGAAAAAAAUUUAGAGAAACUGAGGAGAAAACCAAGAGUGUCUUUCCAACCAAAGGACUCCAUCAUUAAUGAUAAUGAUUCAGAAAUAGUUAUGAAACCCAAGGAGCAACCAGAACACCGUGGUUCCCAGUCUUUGGAUGGCUUUGAUAUUCCUUUUGAAAUGCUACAGGAUGACAUUACUUCUUCAGCUGGAUUGCAUUUCAUGGCCUCUUUAAGAAAGAAAGCUGUAGAAAGUCAGGAUGCAAGUACAAAUACAGACCCAGAUAAGGAAGCUGCUUCUCAAGUUGUUUCUGAUUGUGGUAAAAAUCAAGAAAUUAUUUCUUCCACAUCAGAACAUGAACCUUUGGAUGUUCCCCAGCUGUUGGCUCCAGAUGUAUAUCUAAAUCUCAAUUUUUCCACUGAAAUAUCAGAAAAACUUCUCUCCCCUUCUACAUCUGAUAUUUUACCAAAUUUGACUGAGGUUGGACACACUUACAUAAAUGUGACUGACAUUGAAGCUGAUGUUCUUCUACAACAAUUACCUGUCAAAGAAGAGCCUUCAGAUAUCACCAAACAUCAAAGUGAUCAUCUGAAAGUCCCGUCUUUUGCAGAGUUACAUUAUAUGGCAGCUUCAGUUACUAAUGCUGUUUCCCCAUAUAAUUUUAGAAGUCAAGAAUCUUCCAAUUCUGCCACGGAUUUAUUUUUUAAACCUGCAAAAGUCUCUCCAUCCUGUUUGGAUGGAAGAAUCUGGAGAGCAGGUAUUACAGAAGUAAAGGAUCUUGGUAUCACCUCACCUACACCAUCAGGAGUACAUCAGAACAGAGAUCUGCCAAAGCCAGAGUUCCAAUUCAAAGAACGGAACACAAAACCAGAACCUGCAGAAGAUCAUCUGUCGUGGAAACUACUGCAGGAUGUCUCUGCUGCAUCUCCUGCACCAAGCCCUGCAGCUUGCCGACUAGAGCAUCUUACCUCUAAGCUUCAGAAAAUUGAUGAACAGCUGUUAGCAAUACAGAACAUUGCUGAAAAUAUUCAGCACGAUUUCCCCAGGCAUGAAAUGGUUAAACCAGUGGAUCACAUUGAGUUGUCUCCUGGCCCUGAAUUGGAUAAAGCAUUGGCUUCAAAAACAAUUAGCAUUUCUGAAGAAGUGUCUUUCCUGACUCAUGUGGAUAAGGAAGAUCAAAGUAUCAAAGUGGGGAAUUCAGAAGCUGACUUUUCUGCAAUAGACAGUCAUCCUCCUCAGAAGGCCUGUGUGUUUCCUUCUGCUGACUCAGUUGUCAGCCUUUCCAGUGAUCAGCGUACUACUUCUUUUGGUAUGGAUAACAGUGAUGGAUUAUUUGAGAGUGUUUCAGUAGAUCCACUCCAGAUGACUGGAUUGACUGAUGUUGCAGAUAUUAUUGAUGACCUUAUAACAAAAGAUGGAGUUUCUAGUGAAGAGCUUGGGUUAACUGAACAACAAGCUAAGACUAUAUCCAGGAUUCAGCAUACUUCUGGCAGAUGUCCACAGAGAACUGAGAAGGAGAGAAGACAGAUUCAAGUCUGGAUGAAAAGAAAACAAAAAGAAAGAAUGAGAGAGUACUUAAAUCAACUGGCAGAAAAGAGAGGGCAAGAACAUGAUCCUUUCUGCCCCACAGGCAAUCAAUUUUGCAUGACUUCAAGGGAAAUCAGGCUGAGACAGAAGAUGAAGCAUGAAAAAGAUAGAUUGGUACUCUCUGACCACUAUAGUCGUCGAAUCUCACAGGCAUAUAAUCUCAUGAAUGAGCUGUUGUCUGAAUCAGUGCAGCCACCAGCAAUUGCAUGGAAACGUUUGCCUAACAAACCCAGAACUGCUCAAGUUUCCAGACAGCAAUGCUCCCGUUCUCUAAGAGGAGAGAAUCCACAUGGACACAAUUUUUCAAUAAAUCAACCUGGAAAAGUCAGAUAUAUUUACAAAUCAAGUUGUGCACCCCAAAAGGGAAAACAUUUUCGGCAACCUUCAGAUUCACCUUGGCCACGUGGCUCUGAUGCUCCAUGUCAUAGCCCACAGCAUAAAAGAAGACAUGCAAGUGCUGGGCUUGCACCUCAAACCAAGCAGGUGUGUGUAGAGUAUGAGAGAGAGGAGACUGUGGUGAGUCCCUGGGUGUUACCUUCAGAAGUCUGUAAGAUUCUUCGUGAGAGUCACAGUUCCUUUCUGCAUAGCUUGUCAUCAACUGAGGAAGAAGAGCUGGAGCCUCCUUUUGGGGUGAGUGGCGUGGACAGCAUGUCUGAGAGCACUGGCAGCAUCCUCAGCAAGCUUGAUUGGAAUGCCAUUGAGAACAUGGUGGCCGGUGUAGAGGACAAGAGUUUGUCCACUAGGCCUUAGGCCUGUAAGACCUGGAUAUCAAAGAGACGGCCAGCACCUCAGUACAUGGAUAUGAAAGAUUUGUGGGUUUAAGGGAGAGGAACAAUGAAGGAAGCACUAUGAAUUUGCCACCUGCAACCAUGUUAUUACCUGGAUUAACCUUUUCAAGAGGGAAAAAUAAACAUUUCUCAAUAAUUUUCCCAUCAUGGGGAAAGGUUGUUUAAAUAUAGGUGUAUUUUAUGUUUUUGCAUUUGACUCAUUUUUUGCAUAAUAAAAAAGAAAUCAUAAAUACUUUUCCAAA